UGGACGGAGCUCACGGAGACCGGCAUUUAUUCAUUCAUGUCCACAUGUGAAUUUAGGAAAAAUCUACAAAUAACAUUGUAUGUGUCUAUUUUGGCGCCAGACAGCCCUGGGUCUUAUUUCUGGCUCGGCUACUUCUAGCCAUGGGACCGUCAAGUUCUGGGGGCCGGAUUCUUCCUCUGUGGAACAGAGUGAAGACUUGGGGGAUUUAAAUGACAUGAGGUUUUUCAGAGUUGCUGGCAUAGUUCCUGGCACGUACUAGAUGUCCAAUAAAUAUUCCCUCUCCCUGCUAAAAUCCUUGUAUCAGCUCCUGUGGCUCCUUGCCAUUCCUUCCUCUCUACUCUGUUCUACAGUACUUCUACGUCUUUUUUUUUUCUCUCUUUACUCCAGGCUGGGGACUCCUGAGGGCAGCUGUGUCUGGUUUUCUCAGUGUUCAGCAUCCAGCCUAGAGCCAGGUACUCAGUGGCAAUAAGCCAUGGACAAGAGUUCCAACAGCUUCUCUGCACCCUCGGGUUGGAGACUGAAAAAACUGAAUUAGCCACCACAGGAUGGGGAAGUGGCCUCUCUCUCUGGAGACGUGAACUUUUACUUUUGUAUGCAGCGGGGGAGGAAGGAUCCCAUCCGGUGAUGUAAGCAAAAAUUCCACCGCCCCUGAAGGCACUGGGUGUCGCACCCCACCGCUGGCGCAUUCUGCGCUGUGCUCUGUAGGAAGGAGCUCAGGACGAGGCAGAAGAUGACCGACUGCGAGUUCAGAUUCGUCCACAAGCUGGCCCAGGACUACCUGGAGUACGUCCUGCAGAUACCGAGGCCUGGGUCCAGGCCCAGCAGAACCUCCCUACUGUUGCAGGAUGUGGCUUUUUCUGUCCAGAAAGAAGUGGAGAAGACUUUGAAACCGUGCUUGGACGAUUUUGAUGUUGCGUCGGUAGAUAUGGCCAGGACGGUGUUCCGUGAGGUGAUGAAAAAGGAGUUUGAGGACGGCAUUAUUAACUGGGGGAGGAUUGUCACUGUGUUCGCCUUCGAAGGGAUUCUCAUCAAGAAACUGCUCAGGGAGCACAUUGCCCCAGACGUGGACACUUACGAGGACGUGCCCUCCUUUGUGGCCGAGUUCAUCACAACGCACACGGGAGAGUGGAUAAGGCAGAACGGAGGCUGGGAAAAUGGCUUUGUAAAGAAGUUUGAACCCAAAUCUGGCUGGCUGACUUUUCUGGAGGUUAUAGGAAAGAUCUGCGACAUGCUCUCUCCUGAAACAAUACUACUGACCAAAAAGGACACUCGGUAUUGUGCAACCUGCACAAAUUCCUGGACUCUUGCAAGAGGUAUUGCCAACACUUACUUCUUCCAGUUUUAAACAAACAACACUUGUGAUGCAACUGGACGUUCCAGAGUUACGGAUAAUUUGUCCCCAUUUUAAUGAAUAAAUUGAAUGUAUGUGUC